CAGGUUUUGUUAUUGGUUUAAUGGCCUAUUGGUAAUUGGGAUACCUGUGAUUGGAAGGCUUGGAGCAAACGUCACCUUAAAACUGAGCGUGGAACUGGUAUGAUAGGUAGUAGGUCUGGAUCUCUGAUAAUGACAUUUUACCUAUAACUCACCUCGAACGCAUUGAUUUUCCGCCUGUAAGAUAAGACAAUAUUUAAGCACGCCACGUGUGUGUCGAGGACAUAUCAACUUUCGGACCAUCGUAGACAACACAAGUGCUUGUGACACAGGCCAAAAAUCUUAGACCGCAAACUAUAUUCUAAAAGUUAUAUCAAGAUAAUUUACUUUAAUUUUGUUAACAAUGGUUCGUUUAUUAGUGGGUAUUGUGGUGGUGGCGAUAUGCUGUGGACUAUCACAGGGACAUGGCCGGCUACUGGAGCCUCCCUCCAGAUCUAGCAUGUGGAGGUCAUUACGCGGCGGAUCUCAAGAAUUUCCUCAGGCUCCAAUCAACUAUAACGAUAACCAGCUCUUUUGUGGCGGGCGUAUCAAUUUUAUCUACCAACACCAGAAGUGUGGGAUAUGUGGGGAUCCCUACCAGGGUCCACGGAACAAUGAGGCUGGCGGGCGGUACGCCAAAGGAAUCAUUACCAGACACUAUACUUCCGGUCAGACGAUUGACAUCGGUAUUGAGAUCACAGCCAAUCAUUUCGGCUACUUCGAGUUCAGACUUUGUCCAAACAACGAUAUACAUAAAGCUGCUACCCAGGAGUGUCUGGAUCAACACCUGUUAACACUGCCAAACGCCGAUGGUACAAGGUACUACCUAGGAGGACGGAGAGGCACUGUCAAUCUGAAAGCAAAACUUCCAGAGGGUCUCACGUGUUCACAGUGUGUACUACAGUGGCGCUGGAAAACAGGAAACAGCUAUGGUUAUGCUCCUAACGGUACCUACUGCAUUGGUUGCGGUCUACAGGAAAUGUUCUACGGCUGUUCUGAUAUCUCAAUAUCCGGCGGAAGUAACGGUCACGUGCAACCUCAAAUUACCUCGAGACCAGUGACAUCUGCUCCGGUUCAGACUCCGAGGCCAGUCAUCAUAACACAGAAACCCUUUGUCUACACUCCGAGACCAACGCCUUCCCAUCCUGCCCAAACAAUGCGACCUAACAAUGGUAUAUUCUUUGGUCAGCCAAUCGGACAGACAAACAUCCAGGCCGGACAUACAGCCGGACAGACAAACAUCCAGGCCGGACAUACAGCCGGACAGACAAACAUCCAGGCCGGACAUACAGCCGGACAGACAAACCCCCAGACCGGACAUACAGCCGGACAGACAGUGAUCAGGUGUCGCGCUAUCAACCUCUGGGCCGGAGUUGCUCAGCUUGACCAAUGGUGUCUUGAUAACUGUCAGAAAGGAAACUGUCCGUCCGCUGCAUGUAAAUGUAAUUAAAACCAUGCACGUGUCAUUUAGGUGUGAUUAAAACCAUCCACGUGUCAUGUAUAGUGUGCUGUCAUUGUUGGCUACAUAACAAUCCUAUUGAGAGCGCAAUACAUUGAUUUUUUGUUGCUAUACUUAUCGGCAGCAUAUUUCAAUCUUACAUAACUUUACUUUAUAUUCUGGGCUAACCACUUAAAUCGCCUCAUUCUUUAUGGCAUAAUUAGCUUUCAAUGUUUUAUAAUUCUUGUUUAUGAUUGUUUUUUUUAAAUUAAUAUAUCGAAGUAGAGGUUUUCAGUAGAUAGUUGCAAAAUAAGGUAGAACUCCAAAUCCUAUUACGAUGUCUCGACGUAAUACUGUGUAUUAUUGUCAGAUAAACAUUGUCCUUUGGAAUCUAAAUAUAAGUGGUUAAACAAAGUUAAUUUUAUAUCUAACCAAAAAUUACAAAACAAAUAUUUCCAAUAAAAGCCACGUUUAUUUCUGGAAGAACUACAA